CACCUGUCCCCCAGAAUGAGCGCGGAGAACAUGGAAGUGAGGUGGUUCCGAAAUUACUUUGACACUUUUGUGCAUCUGUACCCUGAUGGGAGAGAUCAGAAUGGACAACACAUACCAGAAUAUAGAGGAAGGAUAGAGAUGCUGAACAGUGGCAUCAUGAAUGGAAACAUUUCUUUGAAGAUUUUCAAUAUCAAACGUGCUGAUGAAGGGCAAUACCACUGUUUUGUUCAGGAUGAGACUGCUAAUGCUGAAACUGCAUUGCUUCUGAACAUAGCAGUCUUAGGUUCUGUUCCUCUCAUCGCUGUGGAGGAUUACCAAGAGGGAGGGAUCCGCAUCGUUUGCAGAUCAACUGGCUGGUUCCCAGAGCCCAAAGUGGUAUGGAGAGAUCCCAGUGGGCAGCAUUUACCAUCAGUUUCUGAUGAAGCAAAAGCUCAAAAAAAUAAUGGCCUGUUUGAAACAGAAACUGCUAUUGUUAUACAAGAACAUACACACUCAAACUUGUCCUGUUGGAUAAGAGACAAGUAUCUUAGCCAAGGGAAGGAAUCAACUAUUUAUAUAUCAGAUCCCUUUUUCCCUCGGGUGAAUACCUGGAUGGUGGCUCUGAUUGUGACCCUGGUGGUUUUCCUGGGUUUCUCUGUCUUGACCAUUUAUUUCUUCAAGCUAAGAAGUAACCUUCUGAGACAACUUGGGUGGAGAAGAGAUGUCAUCUGUCCAGGGCUGGGCAGAACUGCUCUACCUGUGGAGGAAGUGAAGGUGACUCUGGAUCCAGAAACGGCUCAUCCGCAGCUCGUCCUGUCUGAGGAUGGGAGAAGUGUGACGCGGGUAGAGACAUGGCAGCAACUGCCUGACAGUGCUCAGAGAUUUGACUCUGAGUGGUGUGUGCUGGGCCGUGAGCAACUCUUCUCUGGGAGACACUGGUGGGAGGUGGAGGUGGGGAAGGAAAGAUGGUGGGCCGUGGGGAUUGCCAGAGAGUCUGUGAGGCGGAAGGGAUGGAUCUGCUUUGGCCCCAAGGAGGGGGUCUGGGGUGUGCAGCGCUGGGGGGACGUGUUCCAGGCUCUCACAGGCCCUGAUCGCACCCGCUUGUCCCCAAGCUUAGUGCCCAGCAGUAUCCGGGUGUAUCUGGACUGUGCAGGGAGGCAGGUUUGGUUUUUUGAUGCUCACACCGAGGCCCCGAUCUUCACCUUCCUGCUGCCCUCGUUUACUGGGGACAGAAUCCGGCCCUUCUUCUGGCUGGAGGAUACAACCGUGCAGUUCACAUUCCACACUGCACCACUGACCCCGCCUUGCACUGCACCAGAGGGGGUCUCUUAGUUGGCUGCUCUAGCCUCAGUCUUGCUCAUCUCUAUGACCCUGGAGGACUCCUCUCCUCCUGAAGCGUUUCAGCCCUGCAGUCUCUGUGCCCCUGGAGGAGCAGGGUCGGGUCCUGCACGGUCAGACCACACGGAGCAGGAAACGACUCAGGUGGAAAGUCAAUCUCUAAACCUUUUUCUGAGCCUGUGUAUGACCCAGAGAUAAAGCAAGGGAACAGAGGGAUUGUAGGAUGCUGUUGAUCCAGGAGGCUCUUUCAUUGCAGCUCAUCCAUUCAGAGUCCCUAAGUCAUGAGAAGUGCAAAUCUCGUCCUUUUUCCCUUUGUCUGGCUGCUUAACAAUGCCUCCCCUGUGAUUGGCUGCCCUCACGUUUAUGGUAAUAAACAACCUUUGAUAACUAUGAGGACACCUCCUGUCCAGUUCCCAUUGUUCUCAUUUGGAUAUUUAAUUUCCUGAGUUUAUGUUGUUUGGAGGCACUGACCAAACUGAUUUCCUUCCCUGAAACAAUUCAGCAUCACACUCUGGUGAGACUGCGGGCAGUACUGGGUGAUGUGCUGCUGUGGCCAAAUACAACUGGACGGCUGCCGACUUCCCCUUCCAGAUAAUCUAAAAAAAAAAAUGAAAGAAAGAAAAAAGAAGCUAAGCUUAUAUCUUCCAAAGUCAUUGAUGUGUACUCACACAGGAUGGCACUCUUCUUGUAAGUGCGUAAGUGCGUAAGUGCACCCCUGCAGCAGCAAUAGUGAUGGGUAAUGACAGGCCCAGGCUCAUUCAAGUUCUGAGGUGAGCAGCUUUACACCAUGGGCUUCUAGGGUUAAAAGUCAAUAGUCUGAACCAGUGUUUUCAAGAGGAGGGGCAGUACAGCAGGUCUUAACUGAACUUUCUCAUUGAGUUAUUUCUGAUCAGUUUGUGACUUCUUUCUGGUCAAAUGAAAGUAAAAGAUUAAAUAUAUGAAGUGUUUCCAGGCUCCUGUGGAUAUUGAAGGUUUCCUACCCUUUUAGUGAGUUGCAGUG